AUGUGGAAGUUCAACCCGGUCGGUCCCCGGACCCUGCAGCGGUUCUUCGGCACGAAGCAUGAAGACAUGUGGAAGUUGCUCUUCAAGACCAAGAAGUCAUGUCCGGAGGCAACCGAAGACCUCGGCUACAACAGCAUCCACGAUGCGACCCCCGGCUGGAAGAAGAAAGCGGACCGGAUUCACUGUCCGGCUCCGCUGUCCGAAGACCCAGCUAUUCCUCUAUUGACGAGGGUGCUGGUCCCGGCGCCGAAAAAGAAAGCCAAGGGGAAGGGCAAGGAGGCCAAGAGCGGCCUCCGCCUCCCUUACGUAGUCAUGCAGGCAAUUUUCUUUGUUCAGAGUUCCUUAUGCUUGUCAAGAUCUGCAAGCAUUUCUUCUCUAAAUAUGCUUCUUGCUUACUUGAGCAAUUUUAGUUUUCUGAAUCUGCAACUCCUCCUGAAGAUCACGAAAUUCACUUGCGGCGGGUUCGUGAUGGGCCUGCGGUUCAACCACGCGUCGGCGGACGGCAUGGGCGCGGCGCAGUUCAUCAAGGCGGUGGGUGACAUGGCGCGGGGGCUCCCGGAGCCGGCGGUGAAGCCGGUGUGGGACAGGGAGAAGUUCCCCAACCCGAGCAUCAAGCCUGGCCCGCUCCCGGAGCUCCCCGUGCUGGCGCUGGACUACAUCGUGCUCGACUUCCCCACGGGCUACAUCGACGGGCUCAAGACGCAGUGCAAGGCGCACAGCGGCAAGUUCUGCUCCGGCUUCGACGUGCUGACGGCCAAGCUGUGGCAGUGCCGCACCCGGGCGCUGAACCUGGAGCCGGAGGCCACGGUGAAGCUCUGCUUCUUCGCCAGCGUGCGCCACCUGCUGAAGCUGGACGCCGGGUACUACGGCAACUCCAUCUUCCCCGUGAAGAUGUCCGGGAGCAGCAAGAAGGUGCUGGAGUCGUCGGUGAUGGAGGUGAUCGACAUGAUCCGGGAGGCGAAGCAGCGGAUGGCGGUGGAGUUCUUCCAGUUCGCCAAGGAGGAGACGCGGCAGGAUCCCUUCCAGAUGAGCUUCGACUACGAGUCCAUCUACGUCUCUGACUGGAGCAAGCUGGGGUUCUCCGACGUGGACUACGGCUUCGGCCCGCCCAUGUUCGCCGGCCCGCUCGUGAACAACGACUUCAUCGCCUCCGUCGUCAUCCUCAAGGCGCCGCUGCCGCUGGACGGCACCCGGAUGCUCGCCAGCUGCGUCACCAAGGAGCACUCGGAGGAGUUUGCCCGCGGCAUGAAGGAGGACCUGCCAUGA